GCCAAACUGCAACCAAAAAUAGCCAGGCGUUGUGGCGGGCGCCUGUAGUCCCAGCUACUCGGGAGGCUGAGGCAAGAGAAUCGCUUAAGCCCAGGAGUUGGAGGUUGCUGUGAGCUGUGUGAGGCCACGGCACUCUACCGAGGGCCAUAAAGUGAGACUGUCUCUACAAAAAAAAAAGAAAUUGAUUCUCUCACAGUUGUGGAGGCUGGAAGUCCAUGAAAUCAAGAUGCCAGUAGCAGGCUCAUGUCUGUAAUCCCAGCACUCUGGGAGGCUAAGGUGGGUGGAUUGCCUGAGCUCAAGAGUUUGAGACCAGCCUGAGCAAAGUGAGACCCCCCCCCAUCUCUAAAAAUAGAAAAACUAGCCAGGUUUUGUGGCAGCCACCUGUGUACUUGGGAGACUGAGGCAGGAGGAUCCCUUGAGCCCACGAGUUUCAGAUUGCUGUGAGCUAUGAUGCCAUAGCUCACUAACCCAGGAUUAGAGAGUGAGACUGGGGCGGCACCUGUGGCUCAGUCAGUAGGGUGCCAGCCCCAUAUACCAAGGGUGGCAGGUUCAAACCUGGCCCCGGCUGAACUGCAACCAAAAAAUAGCCGGGCGUUGUGGCGGGCGCCUGUAGUCCCAGCUACUUGGGAGGCUGAGGCAGGAGAAUCGCUUAAGCCCAGGAGUUGGAGGUUGCUGUGAGCUGUGUGAUGCCAUGGCACUCUACCGAGGGCCAUAAAAUGAGACUCUGUCUCUACAAAAAAAAAAAAAAAAGAGAGUGAGACUGUCUCAAAAACAAACAAAAAAAAGGCAACAACCUUGGUUCUUUCUGAGGGCUGUAAGGGAGAAGCUGUUCUAGGCCUUUUCCUUUAGCUUCUGGUGGUUGUCAGUGAGCUUUGUUGUUCCUUGACUUGUGGAAGCAACACCCUGAGGUGCCUUCCUCUCCACGUGGCGUCCUCUCUGUGUGUAUCUGUCUCUCCCAAUUUACAAAGACACCAGGCAAAUUAGGGGUCCACCCUGCUCUAGUAUAACCUUGUCUUAACUAGUUAUAUCCUCAACAAUCUGGUUUCCAAAUGCAAAAUCUGAGCACUGAGUGUUAUUAGGGCUUCAACAUGAAUUUUGGGGAGACAACUAACCCCAUAAGGAGUGUUUCAGACAUUCACCUCAGCUGACUAGGUGUUCCUCAGAGCAUUAGCAUUGUUCUGUGACCAAAAAUUCCCCAGAGGUCUGGGCAGCCCCCCACUCCCUUCUACUGCCACUGUUGAAGCAGCCAGUGUCCAAAAGCUUCAGGUGCUGGGCCAGUUAUGAUGCUUAGAACUCUGGUGAGAAUUCUGGGGCCAGUGCUGCUUACUGCCCCACAUGCACCUCCCACUGUGGGAACACGGUGACACCCUGGGGACAGGGAAUCUAGGUUUACCUCUUCAGGCCUCUCCAGGGCUUUCACCAAACAGUCCCCCUCCUUUGUCCAAUAAGAAUACAAAUUUGGGGAGACAUGGAGCAAGGUUACGGAGGCUAUGGGGCGUGGAGUGCAGGAACUGCCAACACCCAGGGUGCAUAUGGAACCAGUGUGGCUGGCUGGCAAGGUUAUGAAAACUACAAUUAUUAUGGCGCCCAGAACACCAGUGUUAGCUCAGGAGCAACCUACAGCUAUGGCCCAGCCUCGUGGGAGGCCACCAAGGCCAGCGAUGGUGGCUUGGCAGCAGGGGCCCCUGCUAUGCACAUGGCCUCUUAUGGCCCAGAGCCAUGCACGGACAAUUCUGACUCCCUUAUUGCCAAGAUCAACCAGCACUUGGACAUGAUGUCCAAGGAAGGAGGCAGGGGCAGGAACAGCAGCAGUGGGGAGGGCAUGCAGGACCGGGAGAGUUCCUUCCGCUUCCAGCCAUUUGAGUCCUAUGACUCCAGGCCUUGCCUGCCUGAGCACAAUCCUUACCGCCCAGGCUACAGCUAUGACUAUGACUUUGACCUGGGGUCCGACCGCAACGGCAGCUUUGGUGGGCAGUACCAUGACUGCCGGGACCCAGCCCGAGAACGGGGCUCCCUUGACGGUUUCAUGAGAGGCCAGGGCCAGGGCCGCUUCCAAGACCGGAGUAACCCCAGCACCUUCAUGCACAGUGACCCCUUCAUGCCACCCUCAGCCUCUGAGCCUGUGUCCACUCCUUGGAAUGAGCUGAACUAUGUGGGCGGAUGGGGCCUGGGCGGCCCUUCCCCAAGUAGGCCACCUCCAUCCCUCUUCUCCCAAUCCAUGGCUUCCGACUACAAUGUAAUGGGCAUGCAGGGGGCAGGCAGUUAUGACAGCCCGAUGCCUUAUGGAUGUGGCCAGUCACAGACACGGCUACGGGAUCGGGAUCGAGAUCGGCCUAGGAGGAGAGGGUUUGACCGCUUCGGACCAGACAGCAUGGGCAGGAAACGGAAGCAAUUUCAGAUUUACGAGGAGCCGGACGCCAAACUGGCCCUGGCUGACCGUGAAGGAGAUUUUUCUGAAAAUGAUGAUGGAGCUGGUGACUUCCGGUCAGGUGAUGAAGAAUUCAGGGGUGAGGACGAAUUCUGCGACUCUGGGAGGCAGAGAGGAGAGAAGGAUGAGGAAGACGAAGAAGUAAAGAAGAGAAGAGAAAAGCAGCGAAGGAGAGACAGGAUGUGAGACCGAGCCGCCGAUAGGAUUCAGUUUGCCUGUUCUGUGUACAGUAAGUUUCGUAGCUUUGAAGAUGAAGAGAUUCAGAAGCAUCUGCAGAGCAAAUUUCACAAAGAGACGCUGCGGUUUAUAAGUACCAAGCUACCUGAUAAGACGGUGGAGUUCCUCCAGGAAUAUAUCAUCAAUAGGAACAAGAAAAUUGAGAAGCGGCGUCAAGAACUAAUGGAGAAGGAAAGCACAAAACCAAAACCAGAUCCUUUCAAAGGGAUUGGCCAGGAGCAUUUCUUCAAGAGGAUUGAGGCGGCUCCCUGCCUGGCCUGUGACAUGCUGAUUCCAGCACAACACCAGCUUCUCCAGCGGCAUCUGCAUUCUGUUGACCACAAUCACAACCGCAGGUUGGCUGCUGAACAGUUCAAGAAAACAAGUCUUCGUGUGGCUAAGAGUGUUUCGAACAAUAGACACAUAGUGAAGAUGCUGGAAAAAUACCUCAAGGGUGAGGACCCUUUCACCAAUGAAACUGUUGAUCCAGAAAUGGAAGGAGAUGACAACUUAGGAGGUGAAGAUAAGGAAGAGACACCUGAGGAGGUGGCUGCCGAAGUCUUAGCUGAGGUGAUUACAGCAGCAGUGAAGGCUGUAGAUGGGGAAGGAGUGCCCGCUCCAGGGAUUAGUGAAGUGCCAGUCAAAGUGGAAGGCCCCAUGAACACAGCGGAGGCCAGCAGUAAUGUCCAGGCUGAACAACCUCUAGAAGAGGUGCCCUGUGGACCAGCAUCUGGGAAGGGGACCGUUGAAGCUGGAAGUGAGGCUGAGACACUGGCAGCUGAGGCAGAAAAUGCAGGGACUGCAGCUGCUCCUGCCCCACCUGCCAUGGAAGCCAAAGUGGAAGAAACUGAUGUGGAGUCCAAAGAUGAUAUUCCCAUAGAAUGAUCCUCAUUUCCCUGUUUCAAGGGACGUAUUAUAUACUGCAUUGCUCUUUCUUCCUUGGUUUGUAAGCAGUACUAGGGUGUGUAAUAUUGGAAUAUGCUCUAAACUAAUUGAAGAGACCUAGCCAUUUCCUUCUGAACAGUGUACCUCAUGGUUUGUUUUAUACAAGCUUUUAAACUCAGCCUGGGUUUAAAAGCUGCAGAAGUUGUGCAUUCCUCCCAAGCAGCUGUUAUGUAUCUAUUUACCAUGCAGUUGCAAUAAUAAAAAAGAUUGGGUGAUCAAAAAAAAAAAAAUACAAAU